CAUCUUUAUGUAAAACCUCAAAUACAGCCUUUUCCCAAUCACUACACUAAUAUUUUGGGUGGCGAAAACGGCAUUUACGACAUUUAGCCCCGGAUUCUGGAGAUAGAUGAUGUCCGCAAGCGAAUUUUGGUGUUCCGAAGCAACAGGUAAAAUGCGGACUUGGGAAGCACCAGAAUGUCCGUAAAGAGAUACAAGAAACAUAUAAGUGCUUGAUUUUCUGUAAGAUACCUGUAUCGUUAACUCACUUUGAUCACUUCGAUUAUUCUUUCUCGUCACUGAAUAUCAAUUGCAUUGUGCACGAAUAUGGUUGUGGACAUAGCUAUUGUCGGAUGUGGACCCUCAGGUCUCGCUCUUGCGGGUAUAUUCGAGCGCAGCGGCUUCUCCUAUGUCGUCUACGAGCGCAGUGCGCAUGAUGUUCCCCCUCGUGGCGGCUGUCUCGAUCUCCACCCCGGAACGGGCCAACUUGCCAUGGAAGAAGCUGGCUGCUAUGAGAAAUUCAAGGAGUUUGGAAGGGUAGGUGAUUAUACUGUGCAUCAGGUGUGGAGUCCUCAGGGAGAGAAAGUGUUUAAGUGGGGAGUUGGGGAGGAUCAGCCUGAGUUGGAUAGGGAGCAGAUUAAGCAGGCAUUAUUGACGACCAUUGAGAAGGGGAGGAUUGAGUGGCGGAAGAAGGUGACUUCGAGUGAAAGAAAUGAAAAAGGCCAGAUACUGUUAAAGUUUGAGGAUGGGACAACAGCGAAGGGAUUUAAGCUGGUCAUUGGUGCGGAUGGACUACGUAGCAAGAUUCGUCACUUGGUCACACCGGCAAAACCAAAAUACUCUGGAUUUACAUUCUGGACUGGCGAGAUGCAUACCACAAAUCCAUUCUACCCCACUCUGGAAGAGAUGGCAAAGUUUGGACCCAUGGCAGUCUUCGGCCGCUCAGUCAUGAUUUGGAUUCAACGCCAAGGAGAUGGCCACUACCGCCUCGAUCUCGGAAUUCCUUGCCCCGAAGAGUUUGACAAGAUCAAAGGAAUCGAUCUUGCUGAUGCUGAAGCGGUCAAGCGAUUCGCUCUAGCCGAAUUUAAUAAUGGUCAUUCCGAGAACCUCAAAGCGAUUAUCAGGGCAAUCGAAGGCCCGUUCCAUGCUUGGCCAUUAUAUUAUAUGCCACCCGAUGCAAUCAAUUGGGAAGCAUCGUCAGAUGUUACGUUGAUAGGUGACGCUGCGCAUGUUACUACCCCGUUCGUUGGAGAGGGUGUCAACAUGGCCAUGAAAGACUCCGUCGUUCUAGCACGCAAGCUAAAGGAGUUCGGAGCAACCCUGAGGGCAGUGGAAGAGUAUGAGAAAGAAAUGUUCCCAAGGUCGAGAGAAGUCAUUGAGAUGAGUCUUGCUAGCGGAAAACUUUGUUUUGAGUGGGAUGCUCCGAGAGAUGGGUUGGACAGAGGACGAAGAGUAGAAUGGGAUUGACGCGUUGCAUGGCUGGUCAUAAAGAAUAGUCACCAAUUAGUCCGUUGAAGGGGAUGUAUACUACUGGUCAUCACCCUAGUGUUUCCGCAAAGC